CCAUUUUCCUGAAUAAUUUUACACUGCACUUCACAUUUACAUGAGCACUGAGGAUGUCGGCGUAUAAGUUCAUGUUUUUAUAUCAUUUUUCAGUAGCAGUGGAGACGCGCUAUUUUAUUGCCAAAUUCUGCAGUGAAGUUUCCACCCUGUAAAUAGCAUCAUUGCCAAAACAAUCCGUUGGCGAUGGCUUGAAACGUUUUGUCGACGUUUUAGCAUGACGUCAAUCUUAGAAAAUAGUAUCCAAUGAUUUUUCGACAAAACUACCAUGUGAUCGACAUUGACCAAUCCCUGUUGAGUAGGGAAGUACAGCAGUUGCAUUCUGUACGCACGCACAUGCACCAUAUUUCCAGUUUUCGUCGUCCGUGUGGCUGCACAUACACUUCUCAAGGAAAUUUGCCGCCUUUUUGCUGAGGGUUUGGUAAGAUAUAUAAAAUUGCACGCACUGUCGUUUUAUUGUCAGUCUUUGAAAUUAUCUCUGCCAAUUGUCGUAUAAUUUGGCCAGUAUCGAGGAGACGAACCGUGUUGUUUUUGGAACAGCGAACUGGGCCCAAGUUCUGGACCAACUGUUGUAAGAUAGGGCCUACAUGGUCGAGACGUCAGUGUCUGGCUAAUAAUAUACUUAGGCCUAUUAAAAUAAGUCACAGAGGAGAUGGAGCCAGUGCAGUCAUUUUUGGAUGAAGAGUGGCCUUUCUCUGCUGGAUUUGAUGAAUUAGAUAACAGUCAAAUUGAGGAUAAUCUUGGCAUUGAAUCGGCUGUUGUAACGUUAGAGACGUCCUCUUCUCAAGCUGAUUUCAACACAAUUACUCUCGCAAGCCUAAACUCCUGCUGUGCUGACAGGCGUAAUAGUAAUAAUGGUGAGAAUUUGUUGAAUCUUGAUUUUGAAGGUGGUGCUUUCGACUCGUUUGUUGACUUGACAAGUGACACUAGCACCACUUCAAAAGCAACAAGGGAAGAAGCUUUCCGCAGCCCUUCCCCAAUGUCAAUGACGGCAUCCCUGUCUGGGUCUGAACUGUACAGCUCUCCACGUCAAUCAGAAAUGGACGAGCAUGAGGAGACAGAUCAAGACUUGUUGGAGUACCUCCUGCAGGACUCUGGUAUAAAUCAGGAAGAAGGCGAACACCAUGAAGACGGUGCAGCUGUGGCUAGAGAGUUGACCAGGUCGAGAAGGCAGACAGCCCUUCGCAGCGCCACCAGCACUAGUUUCAGGGGAGUCAGCAACCAAAGCGGGCCGUGGUGUAAAACCAAGAACAGAAACAACAGUAAAAAUGCCAUCGCGGCUCGUGAGAAUCGGCAGAAGAAAAAGAUGUACCUCCACAGUCUAGAAGAGAUGAACUCGCAGCUCUCCAAGGAGAACUGUCAGCUGUUAAAAGAGUCUGCCGAGGCGAAGAAGAAAAUCAGCGCUUUGGAAGGGGAAGUCCAGUAUCUGCGUAAAGUGCUGUUUAACCAGAGUGCCCUCGCUGAGCUGCUGAAGAAGAUGAACCAGAGUGAGGUGCGUCUUGGCAACGGCAGCGUCAGCAGUGACAAAAGCCAGCAAGAAGCCUUCUCGUCAAGCAGUGGGGGAGUUUGUCUUCAUGUGAACGGAGAGGAAGCUUCCCUGAAGUUGUGUGCCAGUUGUGCCAGGCAAGAUCAACCUUGAACUCGGUCUGCCGGUUCCAGACAGACAAAGUACCUGUACACUUAUGUAAAUAACAGUGUACAAAUGUAAGUAUGAUCAGCUCCCUUUUCAGCUGCAAGAUCCAGAUGAAACAGCUGAACAUGCAGGUGUAGUGGGUGACGACGUCCAGAUGCAGUGUGUGUCCCUUUCGCAACUUGCGCAUUUGAGAUCUGAGGGAGUUUGAGUGAAGACCAUUAAGUGAUGUCAGCAUUCAGCAGAUCUGAAAACCAUGUGGAGCAGUACUGGGCCAGUGACACUCUGUUUAUCCAAUUUGAAACUUGUUCAGUACUGUAAAUGUACUGUAUUGGAAUUUUUGAGUGUUUUGUGACAAAGCUAUGUACAAAAAAACCUGGCCCGGUAUCCGCAUUCUCUUUCCACUUUAACAGGAAAAAUUGGUGGAACACACUUGUUCUUUCCAGUUGGAAUUUAAAGUUGCAUUUUCUUAAAUGGAAACUUGAAAAAAAGUUGAAAAUAUGUGGAAAGUUUGACAUCACAACUGAUAAGCUUCGUUUCAAAUUACGUUAAUUGUGGUCCGAGUUAUUGUCAAAUUGAAUUUCAAGAAAUCUUUUAAGUCUUAAUUUCAUGUACAGUAACUGAAUUUAUUUUAAGCUGUUUCAAAGAGAACAAGAAGAAAAAUGCGAAAUUUCCAAAAGCUUCAAAGUUCUACCCACAGCAUUCGUCAUGGGCAGUUACAGUUCGUUGUCAACCGGCUAUUUUCACACACAUCAAAAGGAGUGUGGGUUUGAUUAUCCUCAAAGUCAAAGGUGUAAAUGAAACCUGGCCAGUUGGCAAGAUUAACAGUUGGUGAGUUGAGCCAAUUGCGCUUUCUUGAUAAUUUUACUUCUUGCUCGUGCAUUUUGAUCUACAAGCUACCACAAUCAUCAUAGCAUAGAACUGGCAGUGAAUCCCAGGUUUGCAUUGUCUGCAGUGCAUGCAUCUGUGUACAUAUUAAUCUAACACAUUUAGGUCAUUGUCUUUUGUUUACAGGAAAGCGUCAACCUUUUGGUUGAUGGCUUGUGAGAUCAUGCUUAUGUUGGCCUGCACCUUUUGCCAACUUAACCAAAUCUUUGCUGGAACUUCAGCCAGAGACUGUCUUGCUUUAAAGAGAUGGCAGAUACGGGUGUAUCUUCCUGGGAUACCUUACCAUUACAUCUCUCUCUAAGACAAAAGGUAGUAUUAUGUAAAGGUAAUGUAUAAAAUGUGAUGUAGUUUGAUGUUUUUUUGGGGAGGGGCAUGUACGUGUAUAAAACAGCUUCGAUUUGAACUGAAUGUAUGUGAACAGAUGGCAAGUUUUGGUUAAAAAAAAUUUCAAAAAUGCAAGAUUCAAACGUGGCUGAAUUUGUUAUUUGUGGACACGAUCGAUGACUGCAGUUUGAAACAACUCGACAUAAUGCUUCAGUAGCUCAUGACGUCUUAAUUUGGCCUUUAUUUUGUGUAAAGCAUACCCAACCUAUGGAUGAGAGGUAAAGUGACGCCUGAAACUUGUAUCUUUGUUCAGUUCAAAGCUGUAAAGCUUUUUAAGAAAAUAUCAACUCUUAUUGUGCAUGAUUUGUACUGAACUGUGAAUGGUCGGGGAUUUAUGGGGAAAGGUUGAUGUAUUUCAAGGUUUGGUUUCAUGACCAAACACCAGCGUUGAAGUUCCAUGAUAUCUAAUGUCUGUCCACACAAUUUAACAAGUGCCUUUCUUUACCAGAUCCCCUACCAUUUGCAUUGUGCAUGUAUUUGUCUACCACAGUGACAUUGGAUUGAUUGGAGCAAAUUAUUCAGAGUAUUGGCCAAAAUAGUCUGCCAAGUUUCACAGCACUGAAUAGCUGGACGAGAGCUUUCACUGACUUGCCUUUGAGAGCCAAGCAUAAUGGGGGCUUGCACUCUUUCGUUGAGGUGCGAUCCGCAGGUGAAUGGGGUUGGGGUAGGGGUGAUAUUUAACAUAUCCUUUUGCUUCUUUGACAGAUAGCAGUGGAUGCAGCACUUGACAGGAUUUUUCAGGUGGAGGUUUGACUGAUUUGUUUGCUCCAGCUGAAGAUUGGAACCAUUAGGAGAAAGUCAGGGAUGAUACUGGAUAGCUUUGUGGUUGUUGCCACAUUCACAGUCUAACCAGAAUGUGGAUGUUCAUGUAUCUGACUGCUCUUACGCAGUGAAAUUGACAGAAUCCUGAAUCUUUUUGGAUUUACUUCUGCCUGAUGAAAAAUAUGCUCUGAACUGAAAUUAACCACCCAAAAAAUAUUUGUGCAGAUUGCGCCCAUUGGAAGGAAUCGUUUGUGUGACUUGGUUUUCAUCAUAUGGCAUGCAUGUAUAACACUUGGACGAAUGUAACAAUUCAUUGCAGUGAAACAAAUUUAACCUUUUCCAAAAUGUUUGCCAAAUAUUACAGAUCAUGUUAUCCAAUGCCAUUGGGAAUGUUUCUGUAAGAGAUACAAAUAAUCUUGAAAAUCCAAUCCAUGUAUGUUCAUGCUCUUGGGAAAGAGGUCAGUGCGGGGUUGCGAGUCUGAAAACAUGUAUAUCGAGAAGGUCGAGAGUCGGGGAACCAAACAUGCCAGGCACCCUCAGUGCCAGUUGAAUUUGGGUGCUUCUAUGAGGUUGAAAUCUGGGAUCCGAACAGUCCAGGUGCAUACAUGUACAGUGUACAUGCACCUCAAUCACACCACAUGUAUAUUCAAGGAACAGCUGAAAGCCCUCAUGUAGGGCAAUUCUUUUUAUUUACCUCUCAGCCCUUGCCGAGGAAUGAGUUUCAUUUGAUUAUCAAUAUGGAGGUUUAAUAAUAUGACCUACUUUAAUCAGUCAGGAUGUAGUGUUAAUACAUUCCCCCAAGUACACACAUGUAUGCAUUUGAUGACUACCAAGUUGAACUCAAAUUUCUUUUUAUUCCCUCCCAAGCCAGAGUAUCAUCCCUGAACUCCACUGACGUGACUCCAAAUUGACCCAUUUGUCUGCUUUGGGGGAAAAAUAAAAAUGGCUGAUGGCUUUGCCGAUGUUGCGUGGACUCUCUUGCUUUGCAAGAGAGAUACUCCAACUGUUCUGCGGUUAAAGUUCCCACAGCCCACAAAAAAGUAUUCUUGAUUUAAUUAAGCUAGUUAAUUGUGCUUCAGGAAAAGUGAAUUUUUUUAGUCCACUUAAGAUUUCAGUCACUCCUUCCAAGUCUCCGUGCUGUUAACUUGAUACAGGGAGUAUGAUCAGAGUUUUAUCCAGUGGGGACAUGGACGCCUCUUCAAAUGCUAAACAGAUGGGUCAAUUUCCUAAUGAAUAAGAUCUUCACUGGGCAAACUGACUGCAUUAGAAGUACUGUACAUGUGUUUGCUAACACCGUUGUACACGUACUUGAAAAAUCCAAAUCAUGGCUAUUUCUUGUGUGGUGAUGACAUUUUGGAAGUAUUCUGAAUAAUUUGCUCCAGAGUACACAAUACGCUGUUCACGUGAAACACUAAUGAUUCGGAAUAUAUGUUGGUAAAAAGUUUGUUUCUUUGUCAGAACAAUGGAACUCGUUAAAAAGAAAUCUUGUAUAUACUUGUAAAUAUGUCAAAGCUAUAUGUUUGAAUAAAACAGAGUACACAUGUAUUGAUAUGAAGAAAA